UAAACGCAGAAUGAGGAACUUCAUCUUGAUAACAGCUUUACUUCUCUGUAGCCUCAGCUGGAUCUCUGUCUCACCUUCUGAGUCUCACACUGUGGAGGUCCAGUCUGGUGGAGACGUCACUCUGAUGUGCGCCAACAUUUCCAGAGUUAUAACUACAACAGAAUGGUUCAGAGUGAUCAACAGAAAGAAGCCCAGCUGUGUCUCCUUUAUGAACCCAAAUGAUAGCAAUGCUUCCUUCUGUGGUGAAUUUCAAAAUAGAUUUGAGAUGAGUUCCAACAUCUCUACGGUCUUUCUUAAAAUCAAGAGAGUGGAUCUAUCUGACUCUGGACUGUAUUUCUGUGGAUUUUACAUAGAAAGACAUACAGUCAUCGUCAAUGCAACAUAUCUAAAAGUUCAAGACAGCCAUUCUACCAUUAACCUAGAGGAGUCUGAUGGAAUAACAAACGUCAUGAUUGUGAUCCUGGGUGUUUUCCUCAAUAUAGUCAUCAUUGUUCUGGCUGUUAAAAUCAGGACACUCCAGACAGCUGCGAAUGAAGAACUGAAGCCAGAAAGAAACCAGGAUCUGGGCUCAGAUGAACUGAACUACACAGCUCUAAAUUUCCAGGCAAAACCCAAAAGAAGCGGCAGGCCUGCAUCAGAGAGAGAGCUGGAGCCACAUGUUGUGUAUGCUGCCACCAGAAAGACUCAGGAAACAUCUGGAACUGCAGCUCAGACUGGAACCGAUGCUUCAUUAUGUUAAUCUGCUGAUGUGUUUUUAUGUGGAUAGUGUGUGGGAGGAGUCUACUGCCAAAAAAUAAAUUUAGAAUAAUGUUUCUCUAUUUGCUGUUUGUUGUUUCUUUCUGUCUCUCUUUCGUCAGUGUCCAUCUGUCUUAUUUUGUCUGAGAGAAAAAGAGCAUGCUUAAUGUGUGAUGGAGGAAGAGGCAGAAAGGACACUGAUGACUGCCAGAUUUAUUUACAGGGUGAGUGAAAUGGUGUGAUGGUUUGUGAAGGGAGGAGGGAGUGAUAAACAUAACUUGUUUGACAGGAAGAGACAGCACAGUGUGGUCUGAGAAGAACUGAGGUAAAGAUCAUGACGUGUCUGAGGUCAAUGCUCUGUGGAAAGUGUAAAAAUAAAGCUGUGAAACUAGCCUACUUGUUUUAUGUAAACAAUUAAA